AUGGCGGCAGCGAAGUCGAAGGUCCCAGACUCCCGAGAGUCUGACAUCAUGCAAAGCCCUAGCAAAAUCACACGUGCCUCUACCUCCACUACAAUCCCUGCUGUGUAUGGGCUUCAAGGGUGGGCAGAUCUCCCAGAAGGUCUGCUUCAUUCCGUCGUUCCUCUGUUGGGUUCCAUCAUUGAGCUCCUUGCCUUCGCCGGAACCUGCCGCUCUUGGCGUGCUGCCUUCUCCUCAUACCCAUCUAAAUCCACAUUAUGCACCAUGCUCCCGUCUCUCCUCGUCCAGCCCCAUAUCACUGUCCAUGCUCCUAAUCUACCCUCCAGAAGUGACGAUGGUCACAAGCUCGACACGUGCCAGGUCCUUGAUCCAGCCAACAUGAAAAGUACCCUUCGCUGCCAGGUUCUUGAAGAGACAUUUGAGAAGUUGUGCUUUGCCGGCUCUUCCUAUGGCCAGCUGAUUUGUGGCUAUGGCAGAAAUUGUCUUAUCAUGGAUGUGUUCACUGGUGCCAAAGUUUUAUCUCCACACCUCCCAUUUACCAACAACACUUAUUUGUACUAUGGCAUGCUGACAACUCCCCUUGCAUCACCAAACUCACACCUCCUAGUUUGUGCGCUACCAGAAAAGAGCGGUCCGUUCCUGCUUGAUUGGCUGAUUGGAAGUGAUUCUUGGUCAAAACUACAGCUCAAUCUUAAUGAUUCAGUGAUUGUGCAGAUUGUAGAGUUCAAUGGUCAGUUUAUCGCGAGGGACAACUACCACAGGCUCUACACUCUGUCCUUGGCCCCCCAGCUUGGUCUGCAGGAGAUAGCAACUGUGUGGUUGGACGACAUACAUGGAUACCCAUAUACACAACCAUCGUUGGUGGUAUGUAGCGGCAUGCUUCUAAUUGUUCACUACAGCUUGAGCCUCGCAUCAUCUGGAGCACCUGUCAACUACAAAGCCUACUGCCUGGACAUGUCCACUGAACCUGCAAGUUGGGUGGAGGUGGUCAAGCUGGAGAAUGAUGCCCGCUUUAUGGGGCGUGAUGUGAACAGCCCGACAUUCUCUUGUAUGAGCCUAGGACGAUGGCGCGGGAGAAGCAACUGCCUGUACUACGCCCAUGACAGUCAACCCUGGGUCUUGCAUGGGAUGGGUCAUGAUGCAGAUGCAGUUUGGGAUGAUUCCACUAACCCUGACCUUGUGUACAGCAGGGGCCUGUGUCUCAAGCUUCAGCCAUUCUGGGUGUAA